CCUCCCUCCGACUCCGACGACUCGAUCAAUCAAUCCGCAAAGAUGGACCGGUUCCGGCCUCUCAGGCGGAUCCAGGUCGAGCCCGAGCCCGCCGCCGACCCGCCCCCGCCGGCGGCGACCGGCGGCGCGGGGGUGGACGACGCGGCUGCCCCCGCGGCCGGGCUCCUCAUGGCGGCGAGGGUGCGGCGCCGCUCGGCGGUGUAUCGCGACUGCAAGGGCGACUACAUCGGCGUCCCCAGCGACCCCUGCCUCACCAAGAUCCUCUCCAAGCAAGGGGACAACAAAGUUCUGUUUGCAGAUAAGGUGUUGAAGUUCACUCAAUCAGGAAAAAUGAAAAGACGCAUACUGGUGAUCACAGAUUUUGCUCUCUACCUUGUUGAUCCUGAUGCUGAUAUAUUGAAGAGGAGGAUAGCACUUGCAGCUGUCGAUAAGCUAUGUAUAAGCAAGCUCAGUGAUAACUUCUUUGCAAUUAUUGUGCCAACUGAGUAUGAUUGUUUAAUGGCCAGCACUAGAAAGAAGGAAAUAGUUGAUAUUAUAAUUAAGGCUAUCAAGAGCACUUCUGAAUAUGAGCCUCAGGUGGCUUCUUCUAACAGGUUUGAAUACCAUGCUGCUGCUGAAGUGAUUAAAGAAGUUGAGUUUGAGGAAGCUGAAGGAGGCGUUAAAACUAGGAUCAUGCACAAGGCAAAGUCAUGAUUGAGAAAUCAUGUAUGAUAGUUCCCUGUAAAAUGUAUAGUUUUUGGAGUUUCAAGGGAUUCUUAUCUCCACUCUUUAUGCAAAAUUCAAACAGACAAAAUUCUUUUUGUUGUAUUAUUCAUUUUAUUUCCUCUGAUGUAUCUCUGGGGGGAAAAUGAGUGACCUGUCGCUGACUAUAUACACUAUGGGCUAUCUAGAAUUUUCUUUUAAUCAUAGGCUAUUGUCAUAUACUUUAUGCUAUUGGAUCUUUGAUUUCGCUCUUGACGCUUCACUAUUUUGGAGAAUGGAAUAUUUAUUUAUGGCUAUCUCUAGUUUAUAU